GUAGCCCGUUGUUCCUGGCAUCCCAUUUUUCAAGAAAACUCAUCUCACUCCUCUUUUCUUCAUUUACUUUCUAUAAAUCCAAACUCAUAAACAAAAGAUUUUGUCUUUCCAUCAACAUCACUUCCUCAUAACUCCCCAAACAAAUCUCACUUGGAGUUCUUCGUCUACUCUUCUUUAUUUCCCUUCCAGAAAGCAAAGAAACAAACACACAGAAAAAACAGGAUGAGUUCAAGAGUGUUCAGAGCAACACCAGAUAGCAACUAUCUGGUCCCCAGGAGAUCUAGAGACCACCAACAAGAAACUAGUCCGGAGCGGAACCGGAUCUGGUCUGAGCCUCGUCAUAAACCGGUUACUAACCGGAAAGUUCCGGUCGUCUAUUAUCUCUCCCGGAAUGGUCAGCUUGACCAUCCUCAUUUCCUGGAAGUCACCCUCUCUUCCGGCGAUGGUCUCUACCUCAAAGAUGUAAUAAACCGCUUGAAUGAUCUUAGAGGCAAAGGCAUGGCUAAUCUCUACUCUUGGUCUUCCAAAAGGAGCUACAAGAACGGAUUUGUCUGGCACGAUUUAUCGGAGGAAGACUUCAUCUUCCCCGUUCAAGGCCAAGAGUACGUUCUCAAAGGCUCUGAGGUGGUUCUUGAUUCUUGUCUUCUCUCAUCAAACCCAAGGAGCCUCCUCGGAACGACGUCGUUCAGAGAUCUGAACCCGGAGAAAAACUCCGGCGAUGAUGAUAUCCCUCCGGCGGCGGUGCACCGUCGGAGAAACCAGUCGUGGAGCUCCAUCGAUCUCAGCGAGUACAAGGUGUACAAAGCAACCGAGUCGAGCGCCGAGUCGGCUCGUAGACUCGCGGCGGACGCUUCUACUCAGACGGACGAUCGAAGGCGGAGGAGAAAGCCGGCGAAGGAGGGGGAGAUAGAGGAGGUGAAAUGCCCGGCGAGGUGCGAGAAUCGGAGCGUUGAGCUGAGCAGAGACGAGAUUUCUCCUCCGCCGUCGGAUUCGAGCCCCGAGACUUUGGAGAAUCUGAUCAAAGCAGACGGACGGCUGGUAUUGCGUCAAAACGAGGGCAGUAGCGAUCAUCGGACGGUGGAGAGUUUGUCGAGCGGGAGGAUGAGAGCUUCUGCCGUGUUGAUGCAGCUGAUUUCGUGCGGAACGAUGUCGUUUAAAGAGUGUGGGCCCGUUUUGUUGAAAGAUCAAGGGCUGACGUUGACUGGACGUAGCGGGUGCACGGUAACGCGAGGAGCAGGGGAUAACAGUCUGGAGAGGGCAGAGAAGGAACUGCAGAGUUUUGGAAGGGUAAAACUGGAAGAUAAGGAGUAUUUUAGCGGCAGUUUGAUUGAGACCAAGAAGGAACUUGUCCCUGCUUUGAAACGAUCUUCUUCUUACAAUGCUGACAGGAGUUCAAGAAUGGGACCAACGACGGAGAAGGAUGAGGAAGAGGCGGUUCUAUCUAAAUGCAUUCCGAGGAAACCAAAGUCGGUGGGUCUAAGGAACAACAAUGGUGUGCACCAGUAACAAAAGAAACUGCACGAGUGUCUAAUGAGAAAGGAAGCAAGGAAACGGCACGGAGUCUAACAAGCUUAUUUUGGGUUUAAGAACAAAGACAAGAAGAAUAGGGAAUAAGCAUUGUUAUGUGUAGUGUAGGUAACUACUAAAAACCCCUAUGAAUGCAGGAUGCUAAAGAGUAACAUGAUGUGUACAUAUUUAAAAAUGUUGUAGUUUGACCUCUUUUGAGGUUAAUUUCAGACUCGUUUUACUUCGCUUUAUAGUUAUUGGGAAUCUCACUUACAAAUUUUCAGUUUGUUUGUUUUCA